CAUGAGGUGGCCGUGAAUUUAUUAAACAAAAGACAAAAUCAAACACGAAGAUAAUUAUUUAAUAUAAUGACUGGGGUGCCUUUUUUGGUCUCUUCUAAUUUGACAUUGCAUUAUGCGACUGAAAUGUGACAAUUCUCACCUAAACGAUAUACCGUAGGCCGGCUCUUGACGAGCUCUCCCUGUUCGUGCUCUCCGAAAGAGGAACUGACCCAAGUGUGAGUGAACUGGAGUGAUCGGCGAGCCGACUGGGCACUACUGCAAAAAUGGCUGUGGGCGUAAACACCUGGUCUGAAGAAGAAAUGGGCAAGAAGUGGGACAGAUGUCUCACUGAUUCGGUUUUCAAAAUUGGGCGUGGUUGGCCUAUCCUGUUGGGUGCUGGAUUUGGUCUUGGUGUAGCUUAUGCAAAUUGUGAACGUGAUUUGAAUGCUACAGUGAGUCAUGGAGCAACAAGAAAACUUGCAGCAUAAUUAUGUGUAAAUAAAUUGAAAGUCUUGUAGUGUAAAUUUUGCUACCUCUGUAGAUUUGUGUCUGAUUUGUUCAAAUUUGGAAAGUAAUUACUUGUUUUUUGACAAAAUUUUGUUUAAAACCUAAUUUUACCUGCUAUAUUUGUCUCAAUUGUAUUAUUGAAAAGCAUUGAUAUUUAACUCACACUUACUGUCAUUUUUAGGGUUGGCGUAAAUGAAAAAUUUUUCUUCCACUCUGCAUUUGCAAUGAAAAUUCAAAUAAAUGAAAUGCCAUGUAUAUAGAUGAAAAUUAAAUUAAUUGUUGACCGUUUAUAAUAAUUAAAAUGGUGAUAAUUUAAUUUUUCCCUCUAAAACUCUUGUUUGAAUUAUUUUGGAGAAAUUCUUUCCACUUAUGGAAAAGGCUCUUUUAUGCUGCAUUUUUUAUAAAGUAGAUGUGACUGGACAUUUAUUUUAUUAAAAAAAGGGAAAUUGUGUAGUGAGAAAAAAUGAUUUAUAGUGUAGAUUUUACGUCUCCCCAAUGUCUCAUAUCAUUUUACUAUUUUUAUAGUAAGCAUGAUAUAUUUCUAAAGCUUAAUAUCACAAUUUAUGUUUUUGUUUAUUUAUAAGUGAUUAGCGCAACUUAUUUCUUUAGGAAAAUAUAUUUUUCAUGAAAGAAAUGGGGAGGGGGUAUUAGGAGGAUGAUCAUUGGCCGUGAACAGUUGAAAUAUUUGCACUACAUAAAUUUAUUUUACCAGUUUCUGUUCUAUUUAAAAUUUGAAUUCCUGGGAAUGUGAGCAAUAAUGUUGGAAAAUUAAACUCAAUUUAUCUGUGUUAUUUCUCUCUUAAGAAAUUGUUUUUAGUUUGUGCUUCUCAGCAUUUGUUUAGUUCGAUAUGCAUUUGAGCAAUUGCAAUUGAGAAUUGUAACCAAACCAGGUUAAUUGCUUUUGUUGGGAUGUCCAUGUAGGGGGCACUGGGAUGCCUUACAUCAAAUUAUUAAAUGAAAGCAUGUAAUACCAAGAAAUGAUUAAAUGAAAAAAAUUGUUUGCUUUAUUAGAAAGUAAAUUUGUUUUUUUUCGAGACAAGUAUUUCAUAUGACUUAUUGUUUAAAAUAAAAUUGGCUGAAAUUUUUCUGGAAUUUUUCUUGAUUUAUACAAUUUGAAUGAUUAAUCAAAUAUUUCACAUUUAUUU